AUGGCUUCCAAGGACAGAAAAUACAGGCUGUGGUAUGUGCCAGUCGAUAUGAGUAUCCCGCAGAAGCCGCAGCGGCGAUACUAUGAUAAAUUUGGCGGAUACAAUGUCAACGAUUGGUACUGCAAGCAUGAGUAUCACUGUUAUCCGGGCGCUGAAUCCUACCACUACAUCAAUUUGAAUGGCUGGUACUACUCAAUGAACCCAGAUGGAAGUGAAGAGAAGCUUCAUAUGAAAAGGAAGGAAGCCUGGUUCGGCCCACCUGACAAUGAUGACUGGGAGAAUUGGCCAAACGUCGUCCCUUGGGACAAAUUGCCAGCGAUACCUGAUCGUUGUAUUGACAAAUUCAGUCGUCCUGGACCUUGGAUUUGGAAGGAAAUUGAACGAUUAGAGCGGGAGCAAGGAGGCUAUCAGGGUGCCAUGAUUACUCAGGAGUGCGAUCACUCAGACUGGGAGGAACGAAGUGAAGGAAGGGUGCCGAGUGCUGACGAGGCCGUGGAGCCUAAAUCGACGAGUGACACGUCGGUAAAGUCUGAGGACGACACAUCUGAAGGCCGUUCCUCUACUGGCGAGAUGUCCCGGGAUGAGAUGUCCGAAAGCAACGUUCCUAGGAAAAAAAGAUCGACUGCCAGCAAAGUCUCGACACAGCACACGCUACCCAUGAGUCUGAAGGAGCAAUCGGAUGAAUCCGAGAGCGAUGCUAUUGAUGAUUCCCAUACCGAAAAGAUAGGCUGUAAAAAUGGGAGGCAGAGUUUGAUAGCCAUAGAUGCAAGGCUUACGGCUGAAAGCAACACCUUUGAGGAGCCAGAAGAGCAGAAGGAGCAGAAGAGACUCGAGAGCAAGCAGGCCGAGAAGCAAGAGUCCCAGGAGGACCCCGAAGAAAGGAAGCCGAAAACCAAGAAAACCAAGAAGCAAAAGAAGAAACAGAGAAUACUUGGGGGGAAGCUCAAGGAAGAUCAUGAGAAUCCUGUGGAUGUACCAAAUCGGAAGCGGAAGGCAAGCGAUGAAGAUGAGGUUGGAACACCUCCAAUUACGGUGAAAAAGAAGAAACACCACAGGUCUCAGGAGAGUGGUGUUGCUACAGGGGGUGAAACAUAA